AUGCCUACAUUAAAUGACAGACAAAUGGUUUUUAGACAUCUCAAAGAAGCAAUUCUUAAAAAGCUUAUAAAAAGACAACUCUCUCUUGAUACUUUCUUAUUGAACAUCGUGAAGGACCGCCCUGAACUUGUUAUAUACAAGAUUGUACUUGAAAAACAAGAGUUUCACAUGAACAGAGAUUCGUUCAAUUAUAUAUUAAAUAUGAUCAAGGGGCACCAGGUAUUCUGGAGUGAUCCUCGCAAGAAGCAGACUGAGCCUAUGAUUCAGAUGAUGGUGGCAUUAGAAUGGUUAGGUGCGUAUGGAAAUGGUGCUUCCAUAGGUCGUAUUGCACAAUCAAUGUGUAUCAGUGGUAAGAAGAAUCAGUUUGCCAAUAUACUGAAAGGUUUCUCACUGCCAUUAUGUGCCUAG